CAACAGAUUAGUUAACUUGGAUUCUAACCAAGUGUCAGUCAUUUCCAACUGUUAAAAUAGUAGCUGGUUUGACGGACAAUUUAACUAAAUGAGUCAAUUGUGUUAACGGGUCAGUUAAGCCCCAGAGAUUCUGUUUCUGUGAAAGCCUGUUAGUUACUGUAAAAUCUUAACUGUCUUUCCUGUGGCUACACUUUCAGUUUCACUCUAGCUAUUACAGUGGUUGAUCCCGGAGGACUGUUCACUGCCGGGAAUCUAAAGAUUUUCCUCAUCAAUGUCAACAACAAAGACCCAGUUCUCACCUGCAGGUUAUUCAAUAUUGAAAAUGAUGUCUUGAGCGUUACUUCUAUAAAGUCGACUCAGCACGAUAAAGUCAACAUCACAUUGGAUGAAGAAAUCCCAAUUGGGAAAACGAUUGGCCUGUGUCAGGCCACCGAUGAGGAUGAUUUGGGAGAGUUAACCUUUGGACUAGAUCCGUGGAAUGUUUACUUUGCAAUUGACAAAGAGCACGGGACCAUGGUGACCGCUGCACGCCUUGAUGUGGAGAGGGCUGGGUUUGCACGCGUUCAGUCCUUCUCCAUCAAGGCCUGUGACCAGGAGCAGCGGUGUGCGGCAAUUCUAGUGACGGUUUAUGUCCACGGCAUCAAUGACAACCCCCCUUUCUGCGAUCAGGAUCUGAUUAGGUUCACAGGCAAAGAGGUGAUUGCAAAUAAUACAGUAGUUUCAAAGCUCUUGUGUCAUGACCUUGACGAGCCUCCUGAUAGGAUUCACUAUGUUCCACGCUCAGGGCCAGUGGGGCCUGGACAGCUCUUCAAGCAAGUGCCGAUGGCUGAAAACUGGGUCCAGGUUGCCAAAGAAAUGGAUUAUGAAGACCCAGAGAUGAUUGCUGCUGGACACACCUAUGAAAUGACAAUUUCAGUAUUUGAUGACCCACAUCCCUCCCACACGGUAACUGUGAUGAUCAUUGUUCAGAUUGCUCCGGCCAAUGAUUUCAGCCCCGUGUUUAAAGCUGCGCACUACUCAUUCUCCGUUCCAGAAACAUCAGGAGCUUUCUACAAAGUUGGAAGAGUGACCGCCAUUGAUGAAGACUACCCACCAAACUGUGUUACGUACAAAAUAGCUAGUGGUGACAUUCAAGUUAUACAAAGAUUCUGGAUUCACCCUCGCUCUGGAAUGAUUGAGCUCACCACCCAGCCAGACUACGAGUCUGUGAAGCAGUAUAACCUCACGGUGGAAGGUGUGGACUGUGACAGACUUCAUCCUCGCACAGCGAUGACCGUGGUCACUGUAGACAUCGAAGAUGAGAAUGACGAGGCACCUGUCUGCACACCCUCUCUCUCUAAGGCCGUCAUUUUUGACAAUGUUGUUCCUGGGACAAAUGUCAAUGGCUUCAAACUAAACUGCCACGACAGAGAUUCACAAGAUUUUGAAAUGCGCUUUGAGAUAGUUUCUGGAAAUGAGAACCAUCACUUCGGAUUUGACCCAACUCGAGGUUCAAAUACUCCAAGAUUAAUUGUGAAGAACGCUUUUCACUUUGAAUCUGGAGCUGAAUUGCAGCGGCAGUACCAUCUUGUGGUCCACAUAAUUGAUGACAACUUGAAAUAUGGCAAAGCCACCAAGCCUAGGACAGGCACUGCUAUUAUGGAUAUUUAUGUGGCAAGGGCCAGUGUGCCACCUUCUGCAACCACCAGUUCGGAACAAAGAAAAGGCCUGACCGUCGUGUACACAGCCAUCAACACGUACACCUCCAGGGGCUGGUACAUUCCUUUCAUCUUCACUCUGAUGGCUGUUUUCUUUGCCGGGUUGGCGUCCUGGGUAUGCUUCCUGCUCUGGAGAUCCAGAAGCACCUUGAAAUGCUGUCAGAAGAUGGCCAAGCAAGUCUCCAAGCCCAAGCCCAAGGGUAUAAAGUAUAUUGCAGGAGAUAAAAAUCAAAUGGAAAAGAUUGUCAUGGAAAACAGGAAUAAAAAACUAAAAGUAUUAACAGAAACCAUUGUGUAUGAAACUAUAUUUGAUGGAGAAGCCAUUGAUCCAGUCUCUGGGAAUGUGUAUGAAUAUAACAGCAGAACAGGUGCACGGAAGUGGAAGAAGUCCCCCGGGCACCAGGAGGCAUCCUUGGAGGGCAUGUACACCCUCCCCGAAUCCCACUCUUUAGAGGAGUCCACGUCCUUAAGGAUUCCCAUGCAGGACUAGCACUUCCGGUAUGGCUGAAUGGCUGCUGGUUUGGUGUGAGUCACUCUCAUGGCAAUUUUUUUUCCUGGCUAUUUAAUGAAAUGACAGAUGUGAGGCCAGCUGCUUUGUUUAUAGCUUUCUGGAAUCCUCCAGUUCAGGGCAUCAGGGUGAGGACAGCAGGACUGGUCGACCCUGAAUCUCUAAAUAGCUUUGCUGAAAACUAGAGAUUAAACUGAUGCAUGUUCACGGCCUGACUUUGCCCAGUGGAAGGUGUGCUUGUUACGACUGGAGCCUGUUUUGCUCACUGCUACAGCCCCAGUAGAUGGUUGGCACAGUGGGGACUCCAUACACAUUUAGUGAAUAAAUGAAUUUGAGUAUAUAAAUCCAGAUCUCUUGCCUUUAAUUCAAAUUCCUUAUUACUCCUAUGUCCCACAAAACAGAAAUGGGAAUUGUCUUUAGAGAAUAACUUUUUUGGUUUCUAGUAGUCAUAAGAAACAAA